CAACUACGGCUAUAAAGAGUGAACAUAGUUAACUUCUAUUCCACACCGAGUGAGAUUGCUAUAGCUCUGAAUAGCAGUCGUUUUCAAGAAGCUAAAGUAGAAUACACAUAGUAUUUCAGUGACCCCUAGGUAUCAUGGAGGAAUUAAACAAACCAAUGGAUGCAUCAGCAACCAGCUGGUUAUCUGAUUUGGAAAUGGAUGAUUACAAUUUAUUUCCAGAUGAAUGUCCCCUGGACUUGAACUUGUUUGAUUGUGAUGAGCAAGAGUUUCUUUCACAAGACAUAGCUAGUGCCCUACAAGAGCAGACACAGACCCUGCACCAAUCUCUGUCUUCGGAUCAGUGCCCUUCCAAAACCAUGAGCAACUCAUCCACUGAUGAAAGCAAUUUUGACUUUGAGAGACCAACCAAGUUGCUGAAAACGACAAGCAGUAGUUGUAACUCUGACUCAUCCAACAUCACCAAAACCCUUUCACCAAAACUUUCCCCAUCAUCUUCCUUCUCCUCCUUCCAGUCUCAGAUUCUCUCCUUUGACAACCCAAACUCAUCCUCUGCCAGCAACACCCAGUUUUACGGGUUUGACUGUGCUUUAAACCCAACACAGACUGAUUUGGUGUCAGUGCCAGUGCCCCAAUUAGGAAAACAGCGUUUACCAACUCAAACACCAAAAGGAUCCCCUAAAACUCAAAACUUUGAAACAAAACCCUCACAUGGUAAGAGGUCUCCUGCACACGCUCAGGAUCACAUCAUGGCCGAGAGAAAGCGAAGAGAGAAGCUCAGCCAGAGUUUCAUUGCUCUUGCAGCUCUUGUUCCUGGCCUAAAAAAGAUGGACAAGGCUUCUGUGUUGGGGGACGCUAUCAAAUACGUGAAAGAGCUUAAAGAGCGAUUAGCUGUGCUGGAAGAGCAGAGCAAGAAAACAAGGGCAGAGUCUGUGGUGGUUCUGAACAAACCAGACCUCUCUGGCGAUGAUGAUUCCUCUUCAUGUGAUGAGAGCAUUGGUGCUGAUCAUAGUGUCAGUGAAUCACUGUUUGAAGUUGAAUCAAGGGUAUCGGGGAAGGAGAUGCUGCUUAGGAUCCACUGUCAGAAGCAAAAGGGUCUUCUCGUCAAGUUACUAGCCGAGAUUCAAAGUUAUAACUUAUUCGUUGUUAAUAGCAGUGUCUUACCCUUCGGUGAUACUAUCCUUGACAUCACAAUAGUUGCACAGAUGGGGGAGAGUUUCAAUUUGACCACGAAGGAACUUGUCAAGAACCUACGCCUGGCUGCAUUUAAGGCAAUGGCAUAAGAUGAACGUGGUUUAAGUAUGGGGGAUAGCAUGAAAGAGAUAAACUGAUAUGACAUGGAUUGAAUCUCUGAAUCACAUUCAAUGCACACAAGUGUUCGAGUAAUUCAUCCCAAAAUGGAAGCUUUAAUAUGGGAUAUCUGCUCCAGCCUGCAGUGUUCCCCCACAUGUAGAUUCAGUCCCAUCCAAGUGAUCUUGUCCUUUUUUCUUGUUAAUAAUGUUUUGGUUUCUCAGGCCUAGCCUCAGUGUGUGCCUGCCCUCUUCACAGGAAAAAAACAAUUGAAUAAUUUUGUGGAGAUGUGAGGACUUGGAGUAAUUUCAAUCUGACACGGCUUAACAUGAGUUUAAAUAGAGAUUUUAAAUCGGCAUAUUGACUGCUUUUGAUGUACAAUGUGUUCUUUUCAAUGUUUUCAUCGUGUUUCAACUUUCAAGGAUGCAAAUUUGACCAUGUAUGAAAGACAUUUACUGUAAGUAGAAUGUACUGGGCUUAAGCUUCUAUCUUUGGGAACUUUUAUUUAACAAAUAAAAUCUCACUGUAUAUAUUUUUUCAACAAAAGAUCUAUAGCAUUAAUGGUGCGAAUAUACUCUCCUGCUAAUCAGUAAUCACCCACUGGUAACGAAAUGAAUUUAUAAAAGAGAAUAACACUAAUUGUGUGUUUUUGGGAGAGGUGAUAUAGUAGAAGAUGAAUAAGAAAUGGAAGCAUUAUCAGGAAAUUAAAAAAAAAAAAAAAAAAAAA